AGGGCAUCAACCUCACGAUGGCUAUAUAUAGAGACCUUUGUUAGGUCUUUUCGAUGUUGUUUUUUUUUUCUCUUCUCACCAUCCUCAUCGGCAUCCAACUCCUCAACUCUACUCUCCAGUCCUCCCGACUUCCCCGUUCUGUUCCACCCCAUUGGCCCGGUGCCUUCUAUUCUACACCAGUACUUCGAUAGUCACUUGUUCAUUUUGUUUCCGAGAAACAUCACAAAAUCUUACAUCUCUCACUUCUCAUCUCCUCCAAACAAAACAAAACAAACAACUCAACCGCCAAAAUGUUCGCCAAGGUUACCAUUCUCUCCGUCCUCCUGGCUGGUGCCGAGCUCGUCUCGGGCCACGCUGCCAUCAUCAACGCCGUUGGCGACGCUGGCGGUGUUGGCAUGGCUCUCGGUGUUGACACCGCCACUCCCCGUGACGGAACCCGACGCAACCCCUUCCAGCAGGAUGCCACCCGCUUCCGUGGUGCUUCCAGUGCGACUGUUGGCGAGACCCUCGGCGGAGGCACCAACAACAUCCAGGCCGGUACUCAGGCCAUCAUGGCCGAGACUGGCUCCGAGCUUCCUCAGGUUUCUGCAGGUGGUCAACUCGAGAUGACCCUUCACCAGGUCAACGCUGACGGUGCCGGCCCCUACACCUGCAAGAUCAACUCGGAUGGCACUGCUGCCCAGUGGACCCCCAUCCAGGUUGCCACCCAGGUUCCCGGCCGCAACUCCCGCGACCGGAAUGGUGCCCAGACUGACCACCCUCUUGUCGCCUCCAUCCCUGCCGGCCAGACAUGCACUGGUACCGUCGCUGGUCAAGAGAACGUCUGCCUUGUCCGCUGUGAGAACGGCGCUCGCGCUGGUCCCUUCGGUGGUGUCAUUCCUAUCCAGAUUGGUGCCGGCGCCGGAGCUGGUGCUGGUGCUGGUGCCGGAGCCGGUGCCGGUGCCGCUGGCAACGGCACUGCCCCUGCUGCUGGUGCCGCCGCUGAGCGCCGCAACGCUCAGGCUUUGGCUCGCCGCGCCCUUGCCCGCGACAUUGUCCGCCGCGAGGCUCUCCUGCGCAAGGUCAUGAAGCGGGCUAUGAUUGAGACUGAGGAGGACAUUGAGGACGACGAGGAGUAAGGAGAUUGGACUGACUUGGUCCUUUCUUGACAAGAGAACAAGAUGACGAGAUGGAUCGGUGUCUUUUUUUGUAUCUGAUUUCUAUUUUUUUUUCCGCUUGCGGAGACAGGGUUCACAGGACGGGGGAUCGAGGUUAGACACAUGGGCUUUCACGCAUUCCCACAUCAAAAGCGAAGAAAGCAGCGCACUCUGGAGUUGACGGUUGCUUGAGUUUUCUUUAUUCAUAUACCCCCCCUGGUUUGGGAUUACGGACCCGAAACCGCGGGAAAUUUGUACAAUAUAUAAAGAUAAGAGGUGUUGGUGCUUUGAAUACUAUCAGGAUCAUCUUAAAAAAAAACGCAUUCAUCCC